AAUAACAAAAACAAGUCACGUUAUAGCAACCAGCUCUCCUCCCUCCUUCCCCACCUUUAAAUACCGUAAUUAUACACACACAUAUACAUACAAAAAUCUCUUCAUCUCAUUUCCUCUCACUCACACUCCACCACCUCAAUCACCUGUACACACACCUAUACAUACAGAUACACUCUGCAAUGGCGUCGUCGGCGGUCAGGCUAGAUCUGGACGGAAAUCCAAUUCCGGCGAUAACGAUUUGCAUGAUCGGCGCCGGAGGUUUCAUCGGAUCUCAUCUCUGCGAGAAGCUCAUGUCGGAGACGCAGCACAAGGUCCUGGCUGUUGAUGUGUAUAAUGAUAAGAUCAAACACUUGCUUGAACCGGACAGUUUGCCGUGGAAUGGGAGGAUUCAGUUUCAUCGCAUCAAUAUUAAGAACGAUUCGCGCCUCGAAGGUCUCGUUAAGAUGGCGGAUCUGACUAUAAAUCUUGCAGCAAUUUGUACUCCAGCGGAUUACAAUACGCGUCCUCUUGAUACGAUCUACAGCAACUUCAUUGAUGCUCUGCCUGUGGUGAAAUACUGUUCAGAGAACAACAAGCGUCUUAUUCACUUCUCCACCUGUGAAGUCUAUGGAAAAACAAUCGGUAGUUAUCUCCCGAAGGACAGCCCCCUGCGCAAGGAUCCUGCAUAUUAUAUUCUAAAAGAGGAUGAGUCCCCUUGCAUUUUUGGCUCAAUAGAGAAGCAGAGGUGGUCUUAUGCAUGUGCUAAGCAAUUGAUUGAGAGGCUAAUCUAUGCUGAGGGUGCAGAAAAUGACCUCGAGUUUACCAUUGUGAGACCUUUUAACUGGAUUGGUCCCAGAAUGGAUUUCAUACCCGGUAUUGAUGGUCCCAGCGAGGGUGUUCCUAGGGUCCUGGCUUGCUUCAGUAAUAAUCUCUUGCGUCGUGAGCCACUCAAGCUUGUGGAUGGUGGCGAAUCACAGAGAACUUUUAUCUACAUUAAGGAUGCCAUUGAAGCAGUCAUGUUGAUGAUUGAAAAUCCAGCCCGGGCUAAUGGUCAUAUAUUUAAUGUGGGGAACCCUAACAAUGAAGUUACAGUGAGGCAGCUUGCUGAAAUGAUGACCAAGGUGUACUCAAAAGUAAGUGGAGAACCAUCUAUUGAUAGUCCGACCGUUGAUGUAUCCUCGAAAGAAUUUUAUGGUGAAGGUUAUGAUGACAGUGACAAGAGAAUUCCAGAUAUGACUAUCAUUAACCGGCAACUUGGUUGGAACCCUAAGACAUCACUCUGGGAUUUGCUUGAGUCGACUCUGACAUACCAACACAGGACAUAUGCUGAAGCUGUCAAGCAGGCUAUUGCUAAACCACUUGCAACUUAAAGAUAGGAAAUGUUGUACUGGUUUGCUCAUAUACCAGUUCCAUGUUAUGUGUGCUACUACUCUCAGGUGUUUGAGUCUCUGCAAGGACUUCAAAUAUAUCAAUAUAGUCACUUCUUGUAUAAUCUACAUUCUGCAAUUCUUUUGGUCUUUCUUGUGUUCAUUAGUAAGUAAUAGUUGAUGCAAAAGUUGUACCAGUAUUGUCCGAGUAGUUUGUAUGGAACUUCCAUAAGCCUUAUUUUGCAUGUAAGGCUGAAUUGAAAGCUUCGGUAAUACAUUUUCAUAGGACAUGUCAUUUCUUUCUUA